UGUGGGGCCGCUUAGGUCUGUAUCUCAAAGUCCACCUUAAAAAAAGUCCAACUGACUCAGGAUUUUAUUCUGGGAGAACCAAAUUACACAUCACUCUGGUAUAUAAAACAUCUGGACAACAACAGGCUGAGAGGAGUUGUAAGGGCGUCCAACAACAGCAGCAGCAACAGCAGCAGCAGCAGCAGCAGCGGUCACACUGAUCUUUUUCACCAUGAAUCCUGCUCCACUGGCGUUGGCGUUGACUCUGCUGGUCACGGUUAACGCUCAGUCCCACGACCAUCAUGACAUGGGCUGGAUCAACGGCUACCGACAGGGCUUCAACUUCCAGUGCCCUCACGGCGAGGUCCUUGUGGCAAUCAGGAGCUACUACAGCCAGGAGGAUGGUUCUGACCGCCUGUGGUCGUUUGAGUGCCAGCCCACACCUGAGAGUCUGGGAGAACCCAGUGGCUGUUGGUGGGAUGACAUCAACCGUGCUGGGAUGGAGUGGACUUCAAAGUGUUCCCGUAACGGCCUGGUCGCUGGGGUGCAGAGCAAGUACUUUGAAUCGGUUCUCGACCGGGAAUGGCAGUUCUACUGCUGCUUUUACAAACGCCGCUGUCCCUACUCCUGCAUGCAGACCAAUGACAUCCCCGAACACCACAAAGAAGAAGCAGAGCUGGUGGUCCCCUCAUACGGCUACUUUAUCCGGGGUGCCCAGACCACAUUCAGUGGGGUGCUGAGGGAUCGUCAGUGGAAGUACAUCCUGUGCAGAAUGACGAGCUUUGACUGUGAAUUUGAGAAUUUAUAGACUUUAGACAGUAGGAGCAUGUUCCCAAAAACCAUUGACACUCACCAAAACCUAUUUACUCUUAUAUUAACAAACAUAACAUAACACCAAACUAAUUUGGUUGAUAGUUUUUCAUACACAUACACAUUGCUUUUGAUUGAUGCAGAAGACUGACCACAUGUAUUUGACAUAUGCCUGAACAAUAUACACAUAUAUGAAUUUUAGCACGGAAAUUCACUUUUCAUAUAAAAACAACUAUAAGAUCCACUCGCGUGUUUUCAUUAUCUGUAUUGUAGUAUUGGUAACGUGUUGACCGGGUUCUACUAAACACACAUUACUAUAUGAUGGCAUGUUUAUCAUUGGUUGGUAUCACACAAGCACAUCGGACUAAGGUACACGAGCUUUCUGUUGAAGUCAUACUGAAGACCAGUAGUUGACACUAUUUUUACUUUCAAAAUAAAAGUAUGCAAAGAG